UUGACCUUACCGGAAGUAACAUGACAAACAAUAACAACAACAACAAUCUCAUUCUCGACAAAAGUUUAUGAAAAUGGGACAACAUCAUUCGCACAGCUCUAAUUCAAGUCCUGAAAACAUUCCUGAUAUAGCUACACGUAGGAAAUCAUCCACAAAGAUUCAAACAUCAGCUUAUGUUCCAGCUCUUGAGAAAUUAUUUCAGAAACUUGAAUUGACUGCAGAGAGCGACAAUGGACAUCCAGGAGAACUGACAAGAGCAACAUUUGAGAAUGUGUUCCAUGGUCCAUUACAACUGUUUGGUAAGUUAUUGUACAGACAGAUGGUAACUGUUGGUCACCAUAGCACUGACAAGAUUAAAGAACGUAUCACGUGUGAACAGUUUGUGAAGGCUGGGCGUGAAAUACUGAAAAUGUUUGAUGAAACUGACCAGCAUAAAUACUACUUCAAAUUGUUUGCCGAAGGAAAAGAUCACCUCACUCAAGCAGAUGCUUUGACAAUGGUUAAUAUAUCAUAUGCGUUAACACUUUCCUCGUCGAUGAUUCCCUACGUGAAAGGUGCUAAAGAUGAUAAAGUGUUUGAAUCAGUUGUACAGAGUAUGUUUGGAAUGAAGACAGAGAUAAACUUUCAUGAUAUGGAGAAAUGGAUGGAUCAACAUUGUUCUAAUAUGUUCUGUGGUGUCCACAAUUGGGUCCAUACUAUCCUGACUGGCUCAAAGAUGCCGACAGAACUGGAAGCAGCUCCGGUACCAAUGUUAGAUAAAUUCACAGAAGGAAAACACUGUAUGACCAUGGGUAUGUUAUGGUUACUAACGGCAACCCUACCGUACCGGUACACACACACCGAGAAAGAUACAGAUCCAAGUCUCCAUGCUUCAACUACAAAAAAUCCACUUCUCACAUCAUAUCAAUUCCUUAUGAAACUUGCUAGAUUAAGUCGAUGUCAGAGUUGGACCACACUGUAUGACAGUGAUGAUCAUGGUCUGUCUAUGAACAGAUUUACACACCACAUAUCAUCAUAUAAAGAUCCUACUAUAACACUGUUGUCAUUUGAAGGUAGAAAUAUAUACUGUGUAGCUGAGGAUGUUCCAUGGAGGGAAGGCUCACAGAAGUUUGGUGGUGAUGAUACGCAGUUAAUACAGAUAUCACCUGUAUACAGGGUAGUUAAAGCUAAGGGACCGAUGGUGUUAUGGAAUAUGUCAGACCGUAAUUUACCUCAGGGUAUUUAUAUAGGUCACACUGGAAAGAGUAAUGUGAUAGGUAUACCUGCUGACUUUAGUACAUUACAACAUUAUGGCGUUGACUGUGAACUACAUAGAAUAGAGAUGUGGGGAUGUGGGGGAGUAGAGUCAUAUCAGGCACAACAAAAACAGAAACACUGGGAGAGAAAAGAAGUGGAAAAACACCAGACAAGAAAGUUGCAUCUUGACACAAACUGGGAUGAGAAUCCUGACAAACAGCUAUUAUCUUGGGGAGGUAUAGAGGUGAAUCAUCAAUACAGUAGGAAUGGUGGCAUGUAAACACUACCACCCCCUGGUGGUAUAUCAUCUGUCUUUUGUGAAACAAGGGGAGAGAAAUUUAUCUUUUCUUAAAAAAAAAGGGAGCCAACCUUCUGUCUGAAGUGAACAAAGGGAGUAAACUUAUGUCUGAAUCUUCAAAAUAUAUAUCAAGCUGUGAUUUAGUUUCUUUACAUGUCUUCCAAACUACACAAACAUUGGAACUACAAAAUGUGUGCUAUAGAUGGAAACAUAAAAUCAGGAAUAAUGGAUGACUUGAAAGUUAAGUUUUAGAACAGAGAAGUUAUAAUUGAGCCGCGUCACAACAAAACCAACAUAAUGGGUUUGCGACCAGCAUGAAUCCAGACCAGCGAACAGCAUGGCUCCUGAUCAGACUGCGCAGAUGCGCAGGCUGGUCUUGAUCCAUGCUGGUCGCAAACCCAUUAUGUUGGUUUUGUCAUGGUGUGGCUCAUAUUAUCUUCUUUAAAUUUUGACAUGGUUAUAUCAUCACAUUAUUUAUAAGUGUAUUCAACUUUAAUCCCAUUCCUAGUAUGAUUGUCUUGUAAGAUAUAGGAAAUGUCCAUGGUCUUACCAAACAAGGUUAAUAUUAGACAAUAUAUGAAAUUAACCAAUCAACAAUACUAAAUCUUAUUAAAAUACACAGAUAUGCCAGCUGGCCUGGCCCUCUUGUUUUACUAUUCAGUCCCAAUGUUACUGAAAUGAAGAUGGUUAUUUACAACAGUUUACGAUUGUAGUCAAUUUACAUGUGAUAUUUUAAUGUUACCUUAUUUGAUUUGUAUAAUGAACUUGCUUUCAAACUGUACAUUGUAUUUUUAAGGAUUUAAAGUAUGUCCAUGGAAGGGCAUAAUAGUGAGUGAAACAGGUGAAAGUCUUUAAAAGAUUACAUUUGACUAUAAUUCCUUUUACUUUUGUUGUUUAAUUUGCAUAAAUAAGACGGAGAGAUAUUUAGAAAAAAAUUGAUAAUAUUACAUUGUUAAAAUAUUUAGUCUUUUUUUCUCAUAACAUAAAUAGGAUUUUAACAAAUUGAUGUACAUGUAUGCUAUUGUAUUCGUUCUUAUUCUUAUUACUAAAUCCAAAUUUCUCCUAGACAAGCAGCCAUUUUUUAUUUGUAUAUUUUUUUUAAUCAGAUUAAAACCUUUGCUCAUUAUCCACAGUGAAAUCCAGUUAGUGUAACAGAUGUUAUUGUUGUGUAAAAUCUGAUAGAUCUGCUCUUUUGUUAUUUAUAGGGACUUAAAUUUUAAAAGUUACGAGGGGAUUGGGUUGGGGGGGCGCGGUUGGGUAAGACAGGUUUUCUAGCACAGGUAUAAAUAGUAGAUAAUCCUGUCUGAUAUGCAAGAAUACAUAGUAUCAAAAAAAAUCUUGUGGUUUAUACAUGAAUUAUCAGUUAAUACUGAAAAAAAAAUUGGUUCAUUAAUAGUUAUACUUAUUUUGAUUUUGUAAUGAAUUUGUUAAGAUAUUAAAUAAAAAAAGAGAAAGAGAAUGCCCAGCAAUAACAGUAUGUAUGACUAUGAGAUAGUGGUGUAUAAACUUACUGUUGAAGUAUAAUAUGAAAGAUGUUCGUAAUAAUAGGAAAUUAUUGUAGAAUUUUUUGUCUGAUUAUAUUUGUGUUUUGUCCUUAUACAUGUUAUUAACUCGAUAUUGGAUAUAAAAAAAUUGUUUUAAACAUCAGGGUAUUAAUCUACUACAUGAAUUUGUAACUUAUGUACAUGUAUAUAUCCAGAUUUAGUUUGUUUUUUUCUUUAGAAGUAGACCUUUAUAGUGGGGAGGUUUAAGUUUUUCUAUAGUUAGUUAAAUGAUUAGUCUUAUCAACAUUAAGGUAUAUUAUGUAAAAUAUUUACCUAUAAAGUAUUUUUGUCCAAUUUAACUACUUACAUCAAAUUAACCGCUAAAUUGCUGGAUUCUGAAAAUUAGCCUUUGACGCCAGUAUAAAACCAGGCUAGAGAGCACUUCAGUGCAAUCUGACCAGGUUGGUUGAUAAUCUUAGAAUUUCCAUCUUGAGUUCCCCAAAUUUGAUAAUGGUAAGUUAAAAAGAUGAAGGCUGGGCAAGUACAUUUGAGCCGCGUCACGACAAAACCAACAUAAUGGGUUUGCGACCAGCAUGGAUCCAGACCAGCCUGCGCAUCCGCGCAGUCUGAUCAGGAUCCAUGCUGUUCGCUAUCAGUUUCUCUACUUGUUAUAGAGUUUGUAAGCGAACAGCAUGGAUCCUGAUCAGACUGCGCGGAUGCGCAGGCUGGUCUGGAUCCAUGCUGGUCGCAAACCCAUUACGUUGGUUUUGUCGUGACACGGCUCAUUUUAAGAAAUUCAGCAGGUUAAGGGUUAUUUUGAGUGUAAUAAAUAUAUAUGUUGAUAAUUUGUUUAACUUUUUAGUUAUGUUUUUGUUUAUUUGAUUUCUUCAAACAUUUAUAAUGAUAGCUGUCUCACAAACCGAAGGUGUGCAGAAUUUAUUACAAGUAAUGAAAUAUGUCAUUUUAAAUUGUAUUGAUGAUUUUUGUAAUAUUUACUUCCAAACAAUACAUUUCAAAAGAUUCUGAAUUCUUUAAGAAAAUAUUUGUUUGAAUUAUGGGCUAUUUUGUAUGUAUUUUCAAACAUAAUUUUUGUUAAAAAAACACACUUUUUUAUGAGAGGAGAAAUAUUUCAGGUUUUGGAAAUUACGGUGCUCAAAAUAUCUACAUCAAUUUUGAUUUCUUUUUGUCUUGCUUUUCUUGUACAUUUAUUUAAACAUUAAUGUGCUACAUUACAAAGUUUUAAAAUAAUGCAUAUAUGUUAUACAAUAACAAGGGACUAUAUUUUUGAGUGAAAUAUUGAAUGUAUCUCAUUGGGGAAUGAUUUAAUAUAUCUAAAUGGAAAGUGAUACUGCAGAAUUUUUAAUGAGCAUGUUGGGUUUAAAAGACAGAUGCGCUACAUUUUAUCAAUUUAUUAUAUAUUUAGUGCCAUUAAAUAAUUAACUUGUCUUUGUUAGUUCUGGAUUGAAGUCAAUUUUGAUCAGUUUUAGGUCUGUUUCACAGACUUGUAUAAUUUGUUUGUUUAUAAUAUGAGCCGCGUCACAACAAAUCCAACAUAAUGGGUUUGCAACCAGCAUGGAUCCAGACCAGGAUCUGAUCAGGAUCCAUGCUGUUUGCUUACAAACCCUAUAACAAGUAGAGAAACUGAUAGCGAACAGCAUGGAUCCUGAUCAGACUGCGCAGAUGCACAGGCUGGUCUGGAUCCAUGCUGGUCGCAAACCCAUUAUUUUGUAUUUGUCAUGACGCCGCUCAUAUAUACCCUAGUCAUUGUGUGAUGUUGAAAAGACUUGUUGUUAUACUGAUAUAUAGUGCUACAACAUAUUUACUUUCUGGUCAUAUAACACUAAUUAGGUACAAUGUUUCGAGUGCCAUAUUCUUCAUAAAAAUGCAUGAUAAUCAAAGUUUGUAUAAUCAAGCAUUACAUGUUUUAAUGAAAUAGUCAGUGGUAAUAUUUUAUUUGGAAAGAAGCUUGGUCAUUUGAUUUAUUUUCUGUAGUUGAUGGUUAUAUUAAUACCAGCCUGAAAUGUGAAAAUCUCAUUACAGAAAGUAGCCAGGAAGCACAUUACAUUUUAGGUCAUAAUGAAAUAUUGUAGGUCUAUUAUUGUAUGACAUAAUACAUGUAUUCACUAACAUGGUAAUAUCAAGAUUGAGGUAAUGUCAGAUUAUGAUUAUUAAGGUAUUGAAUUUUUCCCCUGUAUUUUUAUGCCCCCACAAUAUGGGAGCAUAUAGUGUUGCACUUGUCCGUUCGGCUGUCCGGCCGUCCCGAAAUCUUGUGAACGCAACUCCUCUUAAACCGGAUGGCAGAUUUUGCUUAAACUUACAGGGAUGAACAACCUUAAUGUGUAGAUGGUAGUAAAGGAAGGAAUUUUUGCUGCGACCAAAUUUUACAGAAUUAUGGCCCUUUGUUGAUUUUUUCACUAGAUACUAUGUAGAAAUUUUGUGAACGCAACUCCUCUUAAACCGGAUGGCAGAUUUUGCUUAAACUUCAAGGGAUUAACAACCUUAAUGUGUAGAUGGUAGUAAAGGAAGGAAUUUUUGCUGCGACCAAAUUUAACAGAAUUAUGGCCCUUUGUUGAUUUUUAGUUUUCAACUUGUGGCACAUGUAGUCCAAAAAAUAUUUGACCUAGAGUCAUAAGAUUGACAGAACAGUGGCGUGUGGGGGCAUCCGUGUCCUAUGGACAAAUUUCUAGUUUUUGCUGUUACAGUUUAAAAAACUUUUACAUUAUUAGAUGAAAAGGUUAUUUCAAAUAUCUGUAUGUAAAUGAUGUUGUUACUAAAAAUAUAUUAAGUUACCUAUUGUUAUGUACGUUUUCUCCUACAUUUUCUGCUCACUAAACUUCAUUAAACAUCAUUUAACCAUAUGUAAAGGUUUUCAUAUACAUGUACUAUCACCUAAGUGUAGUAAUUGGUUAACUCCUUAUAGAAUAGGAGCUAAAAUGUUACUUCACAAAUGUUACUUCAGGAACCAAAAUUUUCUCUCUUUAUAAAAAUAAAUUGUUCAGGAUUGUUGCUCAGUAUGAAAUCUACACCAUUAGCUCAAGUAAAAAAGUUCUGUAAGUGUAGACCAUGAUAUGUUAUUGGUCAUCUGUCUGUCAUACAAAGUAACAUUCCAAAGAUAGCAUGAAAAUAAAUCAAUACAUGUAUAUGUACUGGGAUAGGUGACAGUAUAAUAUUAUACAUUAGUCUAAUUAGUAGUUUGUCUGUUCCAAAGAAAAAAGGCUAGCUAAUAUGAUCACUAAUCCAUUGUCGUCGUGCAAAAUCUUAAAAUUGUUCCAUAAAAAGUUAUAAGUAGCUGUUGUUUAACAAGGGGCAUAAUUCUAAAAGCUUUAUUUUUGGAGUUAUGUCCCUUUUAACAAUGAAUUUUGUCAAAAGUGGUUAUUUUUACAGAUGAGGGUCAACACUGUAUGCGGUGCUCUUGUUAUAUCCCCAAAAACGAAGUUUGGGGGGGUAUAUAGGAGUCACCUGGUGGUCGGUCGGUCUGUCCAGACGUCCAUUGCAUUUUCCUUGUCGGGAGCAUAAGGCCGUGUCUACACCUAUUCAAGUUUCUUACAUGUCACAUUUAGAUAAGCUAAAUAAACGGCCCUUUCAACAUUUUUUCAGGCACAAUUUUUACUGAAAUGUCUCAUUAAGAUAGCCCAGGAUUUAUACCUUUGUCUUUGCAAGACUAUCAUGUUUCUGUAAAAUAUGUGAACAAAAAGCGGGAAAAUGAUACAAUUAGCUAAAUCAGAAUGGCGUUAAUUGAAAAAAUGUGACAAAAAUUUAUUUUGAUGCAAAUUCUUUAUUUGAUGAAAGUUAUUCACUAAAUGAACAAGAUCAUUUUAAAUCCAUUGUGACUCUACUUAAAAAAAGCGCUCUUUUUUAUUUUUUUACAAUGUAUUUAUUUUUUUUUUUUUUUUUGCUCUUCUGUGUAACAGCGUAUUGAUUCGUUCCUUUGACCAAGACAUUGUAAUCAUUUACUGAAAUUCAAAAGGCAUGUACACUGAAUCAACAACAAAAUGUCGGACAAUAAUGAAAAUGACAGCACUAUCAAACCUUUGGGCACAUGUUUUGUGUCAAACCAGUGUUAUCAGUGUCUUGACAGCCAAAAACUUGUAGAAAAAUAGAACAUGUUCUAACUUUCUUGCAAGGAAUUAUCUUCUUGGAUGUCACAUAAUUUCUCAAUAAAACUCAUUCAAGUAGGGUGUCUACACUAUCCAAUACAAGAGAAUAUGAUACUUGCAUUCAAGACUUGGAUAGGUGUAGACGGGCUCUAACUGAAGACUAAUGGCGGAAUUCAAUAUAACUACAUACAAUGGUCAAGCACAUUGAGAGGAAGUGCAGUGCACAAGAACCAUUACUCUAUCUUGACUAAUUACAGAGUUAUUGCCCUUUGUUACUUUUCCUUGUCCGGGGCAUAACUUGAAAACUACUGGUUGGAAUUAAAAACAACUUCAUACAAUUGUCAAACACAAUAAGGGGAAGUGCAGUGCACAAGAACCAUAACUCUAUCUUAAGUAAUUACAGAGUUAUUGCCCUUUGUUACUUUUCCAUUGCUUUCUUUUGUCCUGACCAUAACUUGAAGACUAAUAGUUGGAAUUCAUUAUAACUUCAUACAAUGGUCAAGCACAUUGAGAGGAAGUGCAGUGCACAAGAACCAUAACUCUAUUUUGACUAAUUACAGAGUUAUUGCCCUUUGUUACUUUUUCUUGCCCGGGGCAUAACUUAAAACUACUGGUUGGAAUUAAAAACAACUUCAUACAAUUGUCAAACACAAAAAGGGGAAGUGCAGUUCACAAGAACCAUAACUCUAUUUAAAGUAAUUACCAUUGCAUUCUUUUGUCCGGACCUUAACUUGAAGACUAAUUGUUGGAAUUCAUUAUAACUUCAUACAAUUGUCAAGCACAUUAAGAGGAAGUGCAGUGCCCAAGAACCAUAACUUCAUCUUGACUUAUUACAGAGUUACUGCCCUUUGUUACUUUUCCUUGUCCAGAGCAUGACAUGAAAACUAUUGGUUGGAAUUCAAAACAACUUCAUAAAAUGGUCAAGCACAAUAAGGGGAAGGGCAGUGCACAAGAACCAUAACUCCAUCUUGACUAAUUAGAGAGUUAUUGCCCUUUGUUACUUUUCCAUUGCUUUGUUUUUACUAAUUACAGAGUUAUUGCCCUUUGUUACUUUUCCAUUGCUUUUUUUGUCCGGAUCAUAACUUGAAGACUAACGGUUGGAAUUCAAUAUUACUUCAUACAAUGGUCAAGCACAUUGAGAGGAAGUGCAGUGCACAAGAACCAUAACUCCAUCUUCACUAAUUACAGAGUUAUUGCCCUUUGUUACUUUUCCUUGUCCAGAGCAUAACUUGAAAACUUCUUUUUGGAAUUCAAAACUACUUCAUACAGUUGUCGAGGACAUUAAAAGGAGGUGCAGUGCACAAGAGCCAUAACUCUAUUUUGACAAAAUACAGAGUUACUGCCCUUUGAUACUUUUCCUUUUCCGGAGCAUAACUUAAAACGUACUGGUUGGAAUUCAGGAAAUGCAACAUACAAGAACCACAACUAUCUUUAAUUGCCCACAACCAUUACUCUUUAUUUCAAUUCUUUUACAAGGUAUUCUGUUACUAGUAACAUCCUCAUUUCCGAAGCAGUCUUGUGGGGGUAUUAAUCACAUUUAGUGAUAGUUCUAGUUAUAUUUUGUUUUUAUUGUAAUUAUUGUCAAACAAAGUGCAAAAUCAAUCAAAUCUUACCCUUAACAUGAUGUUGUUUUGUUGUUGUUGUUAAACUUUUACAAUAAAAAAAGCCUUUCAAAAUGUACAAUGUGCUUUAUUGCUAAUUUUACAAAUGUUAAAAAAAGUUCAGUUGUCAUGUUUCAUGUAUUAUAUACUGAGAUAGUGGCAGUAUUUAUAAUGUUAGGUCUGCUUAUAGUCCUCAGAUAUACACUAUAUUUAUACCCCCGCACAACAAUGUUGUAAGGGGGGUAUACUGGAAUCAGCUUGUCCGGCCGUCCGUCCGGCUGUCCAUCGGUUUUUUCUUGUCCGCCCAAUAACUUAAGAUUCCUUUGACCCUUAGUCUUCAUAUUUGGCAUGGAGGUUAGUCAUGAUUAGUAGAUGACCCCUAUUGAUUUUGAGGUCACUGGGUCAAAGGUCAAGGUCACAGGGACCUUGACUUCAAAAAGCUUGUCCGCCCAAUAACUUAAGAUUCCUUUGACCUACAGUCUUCAUAUUUAGCAUGGAAGUUAGUCAUGAUUAGUAGAUGACCCCUAUUGAUUUUGAGGUCACUAGGUCAAAGGUCAAGGUCACAGGGGCCUUGACUUCAAAAAGCUUGUCCGCCCAAUAACUUAAGAUUCCUUUGACCUACAGUCUUCAUAUUUGGCAUGGAGGUUAGUCAUGAUUAGUAGAUGACCCCUAUUGAUUUUGAGGUCACUGGGUCAAAGGUCAAGGUCACAGGGGCGUUGACUUCAAAAAGCUUGUCCGCCCAAUAACUUAAGAUUCCUUUGACCCACAGUCUUCAUACUUGGAAUGGAGGUUAGUCAUGAUUAGAAGAUGACCCUAUUGAUUUUGAGGUCACCAGGUCAAAGGUCAAGGUCACAGGGACUUUGAUUUUGAAAAGUUUGUCUGCCCAAUAACUUUAGAUUCUUUUGACCCACAGUCUUCAUAUUUGGCAUGGAUGUUGAUCAUGAUUAGUAGAUGACCCCUUUUGAUUUUGAGGUCACUGGAUCAAAGGUCAAGGUCAUAGGGACUUUGACUUCAAAAAGUUUGUCCACCCAUUUACUUAAGAUUCCUUUGACCCACAGUCUUCAUAUUUGGCAUGGAUGUUGAUCAUGACUAAAAGGUGACCCCUAUUUAUUUUGAAGUCACUGGGUCAAAGGUCAAUGUCACAGGGACCUUAACAAAAAAAAUAUUUUCUUCUCAAUUGCUAAAGAAUGUCCUGUCCGCAAUGUAUUGAUUUUGACAUUUUCACAUUUGAAGCAUGUAGAAUACAUAACUUAGCAAUGCAUUGGCUUAGUAACCUCAGACAGGGAGGUUGUCCUUGAGCUCUAAAUGGCCAUUGUUGAUUCUGACAAAGUGGUAUGCGGGGGUAUUCACGCCAUGAUAUUGGCAGUUCUAGUUUAUGUUGAUUAUUUGUCUGACAUUCCAUGACAUGUUUUAUAUCUGUUUAUUAUUUAUGUACAUGUUGAAUUUGAUCACAAGUAAUCCACAUGUUAUACCUACAAAUAUCAUUUCAGAAAUGUAUUAUUAGUAAACAUAAAUCAAUAUAUU